AGAACCGCUGCUUCACAUCUCACCCUCUCCAACAGGUUGGACGCCUCAGAGUCUUGGACAAGGUGUGCUGCUUGUUCUGCGUCCGUCAAAUUCACUGUCUUCGCCUCCCUCGUCCUGCAUCAUGCUGCGCCCAGUCAUCGCCCAUUGCCUCUUGUCCACCUUGUUGUGCAUGUGGGUGCUGUGCAGCGCUCAGUCAGACUCUGGCACCCCAGUAAUCCAGCUACGUCUGGCCGGGGACAAGAGGAAACACUACGAAGGCCGGGUGGAAGUUUUCUACAAUGGAGAGUGGGGGACGGUGUGUGAUGAUGACUUCUCCAUCUACGCUGCCCAAGUGGUGUGCAGAGAGCUUGGCUUCCUGGAUGCUGAGUCCUGGUCGCCCUCUGCGAAGUAUGGAAGAGGAGAAGGCCAUAUCUGGUUAGACAAUGUGCACUGCAGCGGGGGAGAGAAGAGCCUGGCUCAGUGUCAGUCCAAUGGCUUUGGAGUGUCUGACUGCAAACACUCAGAAGAUGUCGGAGUGGUGUGCAACCAGAAGCGCAUUCCAGGCUUCAAGUUCGUCCGGAACCAGGCCAAUAUCGACAACGGUCUGACGGUACAGGUGGAGGAUGUGAGGAUCAGGGCCACUUACUCUCACCGGAAAAGGAUUCCCAUCACCGAUGGCUUCUUGGAGGUUAAAGAUGGAGGCAAGUGGAGACAGAUCUGUAACGAGGGGUGGACGGAGAAGAACAGCAGGGUCAUCUGUGGCAUGUACGGCUUCCCCGGGGAGAAACGCGUGAAUACCCGACCCUACAAAUUGCUGGCCAAGCGUCGUAAGAAGAACUACUGGGGUUUCUCUGUCAACUGCACCGGCAACGAGGCCGACCUGUCCGAGUGUAAGGUGGGCCAUGAGAUCGAGCUGAAGGGAAACCGCACCUGUGAGCAGGGCAUGCCUGUCGUGGUCAGCUGUGUGCCUGGGCGUGCCUUUGCUCCCAGCGUCAGCGCCGGCUACAGGAAGGCCUACAGGGUGGAGCAACCCUUGGUGCGUCUAAGAGGUGGAGCAAUGAUUGGCGAGGGGCGAGUGGAGGUGUUGAAGAACGGGGAGUGGGGAACAGUGUGUGACGACAACUGGAACAUUCGAGCGGCCACCGUGGUGUGUCGAGAGCUGGGGUUCGGUAGCGCCAAAGAGGCUCUGACAGGCGCCCGCCUGGGACAAGGGAUCGGGCCGGUCCACAUGAACGAGGUGGAGUGCUCCGGGUUUGAAAAGUCCCUGACUGAGUGCUACUUCAACCGUGACGCUCUUGGCUGCAGCCAUGAGGAAGACGCAGCAGUCAGGUGUCACGUUCCCGCCAUGGGCUUCAACAACAGACUUCGGUUAAAUGGCGGCCGGAAUCCCUACGAGGGCCGCGUGGAGGUGCUGGCAGAGAGGAACGGCUCUCUGGUGUGGGGCACGGUGUGCAGUGACAGCUGGGGGACCAUGGAGGCCAUGGUGGUGUGCAGACAGCUUGGCUUGGGCUUUGCCAGUCACGCGUUCCAGGAAACACACUACUGGCAAGGAGACGCCUCAGCUGACGCGGUCAUGAUGAGUGGAGUGAGAUGUUCAGGGACUGAGCUGACUCUGGAUCAGUGUCUACAUCACGGGAAACACAUUCACUGUCCCAAAGGAGGCGGACGCUUCGCUGCUGGGGUCUCUUGUACUCAGACGGCCCCAGACCUGGUCCUCAAUGCCCAGGUUGUGGAGCAGACCACCUACCUGGAGGACAGACCCAUGUACGUGCUGCAGUGUGCCCAGGAGGAGCACUGUUUGUCCAGCAGUGCCGACAAAGCCGACCCCACCUCCUACCGCCGCCUUCUCCGCUUCUCCUCCCAGAUCCACAACAACGGCCAGUCAGACUUCAGGCCGCGGGCAGCACACCACUCCUGGAUCUGGCACGAGUGUCACAGACAUUACCACAGUAUGGAGGUUUUCACCCACUAUGAUUUGCUGAGUCUUAACGGUACUAAAGUGGCAGAGGGACAUAAAGCCAGCUUCUGUCUGGAGGACACUCAUUGUGAGGAGGGUAUCCAGAAGAGGUAUGAAUGUGCAAACUUCGGGGCUCAGGGCAUCACAGUUGGCUGCUCGGAUACCUACAGACACGACAUUGACUGUCAGUGGAUCGACAUCACAGACUUGAAGCCCGGCGACUACAUCUUUCAGGUUGUAAUAAACCCUAACUAUGAGGUUGCAGAAUCAGAUUACACCAACAAUAUUAUGAAGUGUCGCUCCCGCUACGAUGGACAUCGGAUGUGGACAUACAACUGUCAUAUAGGUGGCUCACAGGGUUCAGAAACAGAGGAAACGUUCCCUGGAUUGCUGACCAAUCAGCUUUCCCACAGGUAGACCAAAGAUGGACAACGCAGCUGGACAGACAUGAGGGAAGUGCAUGUUAAUGCAUAUUAUUUGACAACCACUAGAGGGAGCUGCACUACUCUGCUUCCUUGGAGCAGUGCUGGAUUGUUUUUGGGUUUAGGGCUCAACUGGUACGAUGGACAAUAAUUCAAUGGAAAAAAUGAACUGCUUGCUUCUUAAGUAUAUUAGCCACAUUCAGCCUUACAAAAGUGUUCUUAUGUCUUAGUGUCUCAGUGCCUUCAGCAGUGAAUUGUAGGUUUUUGACCUGGUGCUUACUUGGAGAGAUGUCAGGGAGGGUUGCAGCCAAAUAACUUAUUAAAUCAACUGUAUGUCUUCUUAGCCAAAGUUUCAGGAGUUUGAAAAAAGCCUCAAACCAAAAACCAUUCGAUCAGACCUUGACCCUUUUGUUGAGUUUGCUUGGAAUGGAUAAAAAUGGUCUACUGCUAAAUCUGGUGCUACAACUGAAUCUUGCACUGUAUGUUUUCCUUCAAAAUUGUUGAAUUGAAAGGGAGGUGUUUGAGUCACAUUUGCUUCCACAGUAUUGGACAGUUAAAGGCUUUAACUAGAAACUGUAAACAAAUACAGUAUAUUAUUAGAAUUACUGUAGAGCAACAUGCCACAAUAUAUGGCAACAACACAACUGACGAAACUAAUAACUCCUGUUUUUAACUUUCAAAGGAUGACAACUUGUAAACAAAAAUGUAAAAUAGGCUACUACAAGUUGGAUUUAUUUUUAUGUUGCCUGUCAGGGCCCCUUCAGUGCUGAAUUCAUCUAUGGCAACAGUUGCUUGGAUUUGUUUCCUAGUACAGACUUUCAGAAUUAAGCUGAGUGGGAAAGUGCUUUUUUUCUUCCAGGAUUUUAUGUCCCACAUACUUGAGCUCACAUUUGAAAAUGUCUUAUUUAUUAAUUUUUUUUCUUGCUUGCUACAGUAGACACACAUUUUCAUCUUCAUGAUCUGUGCAUCCACUCAGCUUCUUUCUCUGUGUCUGAGUUUUGUUACAUGAUUACUGUCAGGGACUAUGAUUACAUUGUGGAUGUACUGUAAAAAUCCACAAAUGUAUGUGAAAAUGCCUCCUCAAUGUUUUGUACAUUUGUUUUUUUAAUGUAACAAAUUGAAGGAUCCUUCAUUUUAAAAGGAUACUUGUUGCUUGCUGCCUGACUGUUUUUAAUUUGUAUGCAUGGGUGAAUGUGGAAAUGACAUUUUUUUAAAUAAAAAAUGGUCAAAGCAGA